AUGUUUCCGCCAGGAUCAAAUGCUUCUGCCGCGAAGGCCUUCAAUGAAAGUCGACUGGAUCACUCCAACGUAAUACCAUGGAAGGCAGCCACGAUUUCGUCCAAUGUUUACACCCCCAGCUCAAGACCUGCGCGGGAUCAAUCACGCAGCAAUGGCCCUUCUUCAACCCAUCACCUCCAGCCGGCACGAAACGCGUUCAAUUCGCACCAGUUGGAUAGGAAUAGCCAAUCUGCAAUAUAUCUGCCGGAAACUCCUUUGAACGGCCCAAUGGAUGUCUCGCCGUUGAUGGCUGCAUUCAUUCAUGGAGGACAUAGAAUCAUCAUUCCUCAAGUCUACGGGUCGGAGAAGUCUAUCCCGGACGUAGGGCAUCAAUCCCGCAUCAUUGCCCUGGUGCUUCGCCAUCUUAACUUCAAAGAACAGGAGUCAGAGAGGAAGCUCGAGACUCGUCAAGGAAACUUUGGCAUGCAAACCAUAGCAACUCAUGAGACCGCUUCAAGUUUGUCUAGCUCUUCUUCUUCUUCAACUUCGUCCUCAGGGCGCCCUAUUUUCUUGCUUGGUUUGGGACAUGCCGCCUUGGUUGCCCUGUCCUACCCCCUCGAGAUUGGCCAACCGAUUCAUGAAUUCCCGCAGCCACUCGGAUCAUUCGGUGCACUAUCGAUUCCAUCGGUUUCUGCCCGGGCGGAACCCCCGCGUUCGCUUAUGGGCAAACUCAGUAGCUUUUGUGGUACAGUCAACUCUGGAAUGACAGGUCUCGGAUGGUGGGCUCAAGGGAAUGCAAGGCAGGCAAGAGCAGAAUUCAAAUGUUGGGGCCCAUUGCCAAAAAUACAUGGUAUAAUCGCGAUUGGUCCGAUGUUGGACUCAAGCGGAAGUAAUCUUAAACAAAACUGUGUCUGGUCUAAAAGACCUAAAGAAAUAUCUCCAGGAGUCGGACCAGCAAAUUAUUCGCCCUCAAUGAACAACGCGGUAAAAAGGCUACAUUCCAACGCAAGCAACAUCAGAGUCCCGGUUAUGAUCGCUCAUGGAACCAAGGAAGCGUUCAGUGUUAUCGAAGGAAUCAAUUCGUUCUAUGGAGCGCUCGCUUCAGCGGAUUCCACUCUCAUCUUCUGUCCGACCCUACGUCACAACGGAGACUUGGCGGGCGAUUCGGCUCGGAAUGGACUCGCGAAUGAUUGUAUGAAGUGGAUCGGCGAAAGAACAGAUUGCUUCGGCCGAACAACUAUUAUUACCAUGGGGGUCUCGACUGACACACUGCCACCCCUGAACGAACAGUCCGAACCCAUGAGCUAUCAUACCACCACUUCUCCGGAAGAAAUUGUGACGUCGGUCGAGGCCCCUUCAGCCAGCCCGACGGAAGCUGAUGAGGGAAAGCUGCCUGGUCAGCUGGAAGAAGUUGACUGCUCCUCCGAUUUCAGCUCUUGGUUUGGUUCUGAGGGUGGCUCGAGUCUUUCUCGAAAUGCAUCUGGUGGUGGAGAAAGUAUUCACAGUUUAUCAUCUCAUAGAACGGCCAGAUUGUCUUCAGGAUCGUACUUCUUUUCGCCGGAACUGCUGGGCUCGAUCUCCCUCGAGAUAAAAUUGGAUUCCGCAGACUCGCCUCACUUGAGCAGCGGAUUCUCAUCUCCAGCCCUUCGAACCCCGGCAACCGAUUAUUUCCCUUUUCUACCCUCAUCGGCCAAGAUAAUCGACCAUAAUCAUGGCCCUCAUGGUGUUGUGUCCGUUAGUCCCACGACCGUCUUUCACACGGGAUACACAGUCCUGUCACUCAAGCUCACCCGGCGCAUACAAAUGAGCUCGGUCGACUUUUCUGGCGGCAGUCCAUCAGUCCAUCGAGAAUCGACAAACAUCAUCGGCCAACGCGUUUCUUCUGAUCAUCACCACUUCUCUCGCAUCCUCAUGAACGGUCAUUCGGAAGCUUCGAAUUUCCUUGAUGGAGACAUUGAGAUGGUCCCAAUCGCUACUGCUAUGGACCAGGUCGCUGGAUCACUGCGGCAACUAAGAGAACAGUGGCAACAUGAUGAUGGUGAUAUUCAAAUGGAGUCCGCAUUCGAAUCGCAAGAUGACCCAUCGCCAUCCGACCAGGCCUUCCGUUUAUUGAUUAUCGAUACAAACAUCCUCAUCAGUCACCUGAGUUUAAUCGAAUGGCUAGGCGAAUUACUGAUGGCGGCGCAUAUGCAAAUCUUGGAUUGUGCGACGUAUUUCAAACACCAGCUCCAGGCACGAGGCGGUGGAGUGACACUAUUAACUAAUGAUAAGGCAUUAUCCCUGGAGGCUGAACUUGAGGGUCUCUCUACUCUACGCAUCCAGCCCGGUCUUUCGCCUCGUUCGCUGCUAUACUCUUUCGAUGCAACUCUGGCUCAAGAGAUUGCAACUCUGUUUUCUCAAGUAUCCUUUGCAGAUAUGGUCACUGCAACUUGGUACAAGCAAACUUCAGUCUCGCUGCGAAAGCCUACUCGCCGUCAAUCUUAUCCGAAUCGAACUACGAUCGACAACUCAUGCUCCGCCCACGAAAUGAAACCUUAUUCCAAGCCAAAUGAGAUUCUCUCAGAUAGCACAUUCGAUUUCGCUCAACCGUCUACCAAAGCCGAAGACUCGUUUACUGAGUCGUCCACUCACAUGGCCAUCGAAGUCGAUGAAGAGAUGUCACUAUCUGAUUUAAUCGUCCCUCCCUUCUUCCCCCUAAUCACCUACCAUCAUAUCCUGGCCCCUUCAGAACUGUAUGAACCAAGACUCCUUCACUUGCACUAUCACAUCCAGCAGGCCGUCGCGGCUCUACUGCGACCACGUCUGUUUGAUUUCCUAUUACGGACCCUAGCCAAUAAUGAUCUCUCCCUAUUAUUUCAACAUGUGGCCCUAGUCUUUGAACGAAAGAAACAUAUUCCGCCGAUGCAGAACUCGCAUGAUCCGAACCAUUGGACAGCAGUCGAUUGUUUGACCCUAAUUGAUGAAUUUUGGAAUGAGGCUACCCUCAAACUAUUCGAAGAUGAAGACAAGAACGAAUCGAGUAGUAAACCAAAACUAGACUCGGCAAAGCCCAUCACUUCCCGGUGGGCUCCCAGUACACCUUUCCUGAAGUCUGGCACGAACGAGGAGCGAAAUUGUAACGCGUUCUCAAGUCGGUUGAGUCGGAUCCGAAAGGCGAUCCAAGUUCUCAUUGUGCAACUUCAGCCUUACGAUCUUUCAAAUCUCCCAAGAGAUAACCCUCAGUCUUGGUCAGUAUUGUUUUGGGACGGUCUACUCGAAGACAUCCACAAGCUCAUUUACUACGGCAAAUUUUACGAAUCUUUGGGUCUGGUUGAAGAUGCCCAGGAAUCUAGAGAUCACAUUUUGAAACAAGUUAUUCAAAAUUGGAAGAGGGACGCUCACCAUCUAUGUGAAUCCGGUUGA